GGUAACACGAACGUCUACGUCAUUUUCUUGCGACACGCAACUCGCUGCGUGAAGCUAAAAGUGUGAAAGUCUCUAGAUGGUGUCAACAGAACUAUUCAGACUUUGAGAGCUGUUUUCUUGCUGGCGUGUAAAAAGGUUUGGUUGAAUCAAACAUUUGAAACAUCAGUUUUGCUUCUCUGAAUUAUUUGAGGCCGCAGCUUUGCGGUGUAGCGGUUCUGGUGCUGUCUAAACAUCUCUAAACUGACUGAUUCUUGCUAAUAAAACGUCCAGAGGUUGGUUUUGAGUUGGAAUAGCGGUUUUUAGGCUCCUAUCUUAUUUCAAAAUGAAUGAAGAAGAGCUGGUGGAGUACUUCAGGGCUCAGAUGAGGAAAGACCCGGGCAUGGCCUCUGCCGUUGCGGCCAUCCGCACCCUGCUGGAGUUUCUCAAAAGAGACAAAGGUGAGACCAUCCUGGGCUUGAGGGAGAGUCUGAAACAGGCCACAGGCUGCCUGAUGGGGGAGGACUCAUCCGUGGCUGUGUCGUCUGGAGGUGAACUCUUCUUGCGCUUCAUCAGUCUCACCUCUCUGGAGCACCAGGAUCUGUCUCACUGUAAGAAGGUGAUGGAGGAGAGAGGAGAACUCUUUCUAGAAAAGAUCUCCAUGUCCAGAAACAAGGUUGCUAAGCUCUGUCACACCUUCAUCAAAGACGGCGCUAAAAUCCUGACUCACUCGUACUCCAGAGUUGUUCUCAGAGUUCUGGAGAAAGCAGCAGCAGAAAAGAAACGCUUUUCGGUAUAUGUGACCGAGUCGCAGCCUGAUGCUGCUGGACGACAGAUGGCAGAAGCCCUGAAGAAGCUGAACGUUCCAGUAACCGUAGUCCUGGAUGCUGCUGUUGGGUAUUUCUUAGAGAAAGUGGAUCUGGUUAUAGUCGGUGCUGAGGGAGUGGUGGAGAGCGGGGGGAUCAUCAACAAGAUCGGCACGUAUCAGAUGGCUCUGUGCUCCAAAGCUCACAACAAGCCCUUCUACGUGGUGGCGGAAAGCUUUAAGUUUGUGCGCUUGUACCCUCUGAACCAGCAGGACGUGCCCGAUAAGUUUAAGUACAAAGCCGACACCCUGAAGUCCCAUCAAAACCUGUCUGAGGCGGAUCCAAUCAUCGACUACACACCUCCCUCCCUCAUCACCCUCCUCUUCACAGACCUUGGAGUACUCACCCCAUCAGCAGUCAGCGAUGAGCUCAUUAAACUUUAUUUAUAACAGUGUUUAGAACACUAUGCUCUAAUAAAACACAUCGAAUCUCA